GCUCGGUGGGGCGGGGCUCGGGCUCCGGCAACCCGGGGCACGUGGGACCCUGCGCAGCGGUGGGACGCGGGCGCGAACACCGGGAACGGCGGCGACAGCCUUGGAGAAGAACGAGCUCAGCGCCGAGGUGAAGGGAGGGCUGCCUGGAGGAGACCGGACACUCAGAGAGGUCGGCGGGCGCGGCCCGGGGAGGCGGCUGGUCCGACUGGCUCGGGUGCCGACUCAGCUGAGUGCAGGGAGAGAGCAGUGUGCGUGUGGCCGUCUCACUGGGGCGCCUACAGCGCAUAACUGGACAGUGUAAGCACGCUAUGGAUCCGUAUUGAACUUGGUCUUCCUGGAGCGUAGUCUCGAGCUCCCUGCAGCCGGUCCAGACGCACAUUCAUGAGUGAGGAACCUGAGCCUGCACUGAGCAUCCCAACCCAGAGAGCAGGGGCUGAUCAGGUACAGGGUGAUGGCUGUGGACCCGGGCCCCUGGAAUGACACCAGCAACAAUACCUGGGAUGGGGAUGAGCUGGGCUACAAGUGCCGCUUCAAUGAGGACUUCAAGUAUGUGCUGCUGCCAGUGUCUUAUGGUGUGGUGUGUGUGCUUGGGCUGUGUUUGAACGUCGUGGCGCUCUACAUCUUCCUGUGCCGUCUCAAGAGCUGGAAUGCCUCCACCACAUACAUGUUCCAUCUGGCUGUGUCCGAUGCACUGUACGCAGCCUCCCUGCCGCUGCUGGUUUAUUACUAUGCCCACGGUGACCACUGGCCCUUCAGCACGGUGCUCUGCAAGCUGGUGCGCUUCCUCUUCUACACCAACCUCUACUGCAGCAUCCUCUUCCUCACCUGUAUCAGCGUGCAUCGAUGCCUGGGCAUCCUGUGCCCUCUGCGAUCCCUGCGCUGGGGCCGGGCCCGCUAUGCCCGCCGAGUGGCAGUGGCCAUUUGGGUGCUGGUGCUGGUCUGCCAGGCACCUGUGCUCUACUUUGUCACCACCAGUGUGCGUGGGGCCCGAAUCACCUGCCACGACACUUCAGCCCCCGAGCUCUUCAGCCACUUCAUGGCCUACAGCUCCGUCAUGCUGGGCCUGCUCUUUGCAGUGCCCUUUGCCAUCAUCUUGGUCUGUUAUGUGCUCAUGGCACGGCGGCUGCUCAAGCCAGCUUAUGGGACCACAGGAGGGCUGCCACGGGCCAAGCGCAAGUCGGUGCGCACGAUUGCCCUGGUGCUGGCUGUCUUCGCCCUCUGCUUCCUGCCUUUCCACGUCACCCGCACCCUCUACUACUCCUUCCGCUCACUCGAUCUCAGCUGCCACACUCUCAACGCCAUCAACAUGGCAUACAAGAUCACCCGGCCACUGGCCAGCGCCAAUAGUUGCCUUGACCCCGUGCUCUAUUUCCUGGCUGGGCAGAAGCUUGUCCGCUUUGCCCGAGAUGCCAAGCCACCCACAGACCCCACCCCUACCACCCCUGCUCGCCGAAGGCUGGGCCUGCGCAGGUCUGACAGAACUGGUGCCCAGAGGAAAGAUGUGUCACCCAGCAGUGAGGACUCUCAGUGGACAGAGCCCACAGUGGCUGGAAGCGAGAACACUAAGGACAUCCGGCUCUAGGACCUGAGCCCCUUAGGCUUCUGCAAGUUUAUAUGGAGGAUCUGUAGGGAUCAGGGCUCAUUCAAAUGGAAUGGUGUUCCCAGAUAUGGACCAUCAGUGGUUUUGUCAUUGGAAGAGGCUGACAAUACUCUCUCCCUGUGGUCCAGAAAGGCGCCCGGCCCCAGAUCCCCCAGUCAUCAUUUGUAUGAGUGAGGAAUAAGGUUUUGAGAAAGGGAAGUGUUCAGGGCCUGUGCCGCUGACUCCCAUGCAGAUAGCUGGCUGUUCCUGCCAAGGUAUCUCUGCUGGAGUCCAGUGUAAUCCAGUCAGAUAGAGAAGUAGGCCCAGAGAGGAAAGUGACUUACCAAGGCCACACAGCAGAAUCUGGGCCUGAGCUAGCUGAAGUGGGCGGCAAAGUCACAGGUUGACCAGAGGACUCUGGUAAGUAGCCAGGGCUGAGUUCCCACAGGAAUCUUUGGUGGAACUGAAUGCCACAGUGGACUCAGCUCAGAGAAGUACCCCCAGGUCAUGAGAUGAACAUCUGGGGCUGAUGUCACAUGCUCAUCUGGCGGCUCCCCUGGGUUGGGACCUGGUUUGAGACUGUAACUUAUACUAAAAGCUGUGCUGCUUGUU